GGUAGGUAAAUUACUUUGAAUGUUAUAAUAGCUUGAACUACACACCAAGUAAUGUAAUAACAAGUUACACCCACACAGGAACAAAAAAGAAGAUGACAAAUCGAUUUUUCUGACGUUGUAACUUAUAAUAUACCAAACUUCUUAUCAUUAAUUUUCCUUCUACGUGAUAUUGUUGCUAAGGUUAAAGGUAAUCUCGAUAGUGUAGUACAGGAUGAAAUUCUAUCAAUGAAUUCACCCACGUUGUCUUUACCUUCGCAUGCGCCCCUUUAUUGAUGAGGAUUUUGCUUCUGCGUAAGUACGUUUAGAAUGGAAUUAUAGUCUUCAAAUUGAAGGAUUACUGGAACAGUCUAAGCUCGUAGAUGGUGAAAAGUGCAACUAGACCAAUAUGGCUCAACAAGAAAUGGCUGUUCAUUUAAAAUAUUUCUUAAUUUAUGCAACGAUUUCGUCACUGGUGUCGGCAAUAACUCUUCCAAAUCAAAUCACACCUAGACCGCGUCAUACAAAAUUCAGUUCCUCAACUACAGAACCUGGAAGUGGUUCUUUGGCAACACCAUCUAGUACGGCCUCUAAAGACAAUUCAGGGGCCGCCAUUUACCGAUAUAAUGGAAAUGGCGGAACCACCUGUAUUUUACUAAAGACUGAUGCCGUAGUUGAGGUUAAAUUUUUGUUGCACAACCUAGAAGAGCAAGCCGAUUCCUUCAUCCCUGACAAGGCUUUAGUUGACGGAAACUGCAAAAAAGAGGACACUUCCUUCAUGACCAUCUCAUGGUCAGGCUACAAUCUAUUGUUAAACUUUGCCAAAACUCCCGGAGGUGAACGCUGGUACAUUGAAAACGUCGAACUGACCGUCAAUCCGGAUUUGCCCCAAUUUAAGAGCAUCCAAACCCAUGGCAACCCUAUCAAGCUCUACCACAAGGAAAUGCUGAUUCCUACCCCAGUCGGUAAAUCGUACGCUUGUCAGGAGGUUGAUAUCGAGCUGCAGACGGACGAAGAAGACAAUCCGCCUGCAGGUCUCCGUGGAACGCUUCUCCUAAGACUCCUGCAGCUGCAGCCCUUUAUGUACAAAGGUAACGAUUUCGGGCCCACUUUUGAAUGCAAACCCCAACGAACAUAUCGUGAUGAAACUGCACCCAUUGCUGUUGGGUCCACUCUAGCGAUAGCUGUUUUGAUGACGGUGACGGGGUAUGGGAUUUUUAGAUACUUUAAGAUUAAAAAUGUGCAGUACAACACUAUGGAGUAAAUUUUUAUUGUUGAAGUUUAUUGUUGUUCCAAAAUUGCUUGUUUUGUUGCACCAUUGCAAAUUACAAAUAGAUAAGCAAUAGUCUCAAAAAGCUUCUUCACGUAAAUUCCAUUGGGCGGUUUACUAGCAAUGGUGUGAGGUUUAUGUUGGUUAAAGUGGAAAAUUUUAAAUGAGUGGGACAUGUAACAUGUGGUACUUAAUUUUUUUUUUCAUUAUUUUACGGAAUAUACACGUUUAAAAUCCACAAAACUAAGUCGAAAUUUGUGGUAUUUUACUCCCUUUAGUUCAUUUUUGUGCGGAAUUGCAUCAAAAACCUUUUCAAAUCUUUUAGCUGGAAAAUCAGUAAAUAAGGUCGAAAUCGAUUUAAUUUAGUUAAUUUGCUCGAUUUUGAACAAGAAAUUUAUUGUACAAAAGCAUAUGUUUUUUGAGGUCAAUACGUAAUUUUUUCUAUUAAUUUUAUCAGCGUCAACACUGGCUGGAAAAUUUCAAUUUUUCAUUCAACUUUAUUUUGCAAGAUCAUGCCAAAGGUUUUUUGAUUUGUGUUACUGUAUUUAGCUCAUUUUUGAGCGAAGUUUAUUCAAAAUAAGCCGUAUUACUAUAAAGUUCGAUCGAAUAAUGUAUAAUUUUUAUAUUUUUUAAGUAAGUUAUAUUAUACAGACUGAACUAAAAGUAACGUACAAAAUUUAUAUUUUUGUUUAGUCAUUUUUCAAUGAAUCCUCGAACUAUUUCUAUUUUUUAAUUUUUUAUUUUUUUCCAUUUUUUUAUAUGCCACAUUCUAAUACCAUACUGACAUUUAUGACGUCAUUUUUAGUUUUUGUAAAUGUCAAAAUUUAUUUUUGAUUAACGUUUUAGAUCGUUAUCUUUCCGGUAAGUUCAAAAAGUUCAAAGAAAUAAAUCAAAAAAAAAAUAAAAAAGUUGAUACAAAAAGCUCUUCUUGCUUUAUUUUAUAAUUUAUAAGGGAUGAUUGUUUUUUGUUAAUUUUUUUAGGUUUAGGUUUUAUAGGUUUUAAGUGAUGCAUGCUAAUUAUUUAAAAAAAUUAAAAAAAACAUUUGCAUUGCUUUAAAAAAACAUAUAAAAACAAUUGCUUAUAAACAACUUAUAAAGUAAGGUGAGCAGAAAAAGAUACAUCCUUUUAUCUUUUAUAUAAUUAAUUGUACAGAAUUUUUUAUUUUUUAACUUAUUUUUCUUUUUAUUGUCAGUAAGAUAAUAAAUAUGUGUACUUUCUAAAACAGAACAAAAAUAUGGUUGCCAUUUAAUAAAGUUAAAAAUGAUGUUUCAACUCAAAAAUAAAUGACAUCACAAAUGUUACUAUAAGAUAAAUAAAAAAAUUAUAUAAUUUAUAAUAAUAAAAUCGACCUGUUCGAGGAUUUUUUUAAGUGAAUAUUAAUAAAGAUGUGAAUUUUGUGUUACUUUUGGCUUAGUCUGUAUUUCUCAGUUUCUUGUGAGAAACAAAGCGAAAAAUCGUUUAAUUCAAUCGAACAAAACAUAUAUUUUUUUUCCUUUUCAGAAUGUUUUUAUAUGGUUUACAUCCAGUAAAGAAAUUGUCUCUUAAAUUUGUGUAAAAAUAAACCAAAAUUUUAUUAAAUUGAACCAAAAAUUGUGUGAAUUCGGCAUUUUUCUAAUUUUCAUACAUGUUUUUAACAUAAAAUAAUAAAGUUUUUUUUUAAAGGAUUUUGCUAAAAGUAUAGAAAAUGGCAUUAUUUCAACCAUCUUUCAGCAAAUAAUUUUAAUCAUAAGUAAUGUUAUUUAUGCCUUUCUUGAGCAUUUAAGGAUGCUUUAGAGCUAAAAUUUCAGUCUUUUUCUCUACAUUUGGAUAGAAGAGACCAAAAAAUUAUCAAUUUUAAUCCAAAGUGCUUUAUAUUUUUCAGAAACGCAAAAUAUCGUUAAAAACCAACUGAAGCGUCACCCAAUUAUACUAAAAUAGCCUUCUUCGACUCUUGAUGAAGUAAAAAUUAAGUUUUUUAUCGAAAAACUUAUCAAAACGCACCGAAAAUUACAAAAUAACUGGAAAUUGCUGAUAGUUUUACUCGUUUCUGAGUAAUAUUUUAACAAAAUAAGCCGAAAAAACUCUAUUUUUGAUCGAAUCACGUUCAGUUUUUGGGUUAAAAAUUUUAGCUUUAGGUAGCAAACCGAAAAAAUUCAAAAUUAAGUCGAAAAUUACAAGAUUUUUGCUUUUUUAAGUGUUUCAGUAAAUCAGCCAGAAAUGGAAAUGUUUUUUCAAAAAAAAAAAACAAAAAACUAAGAACUAAUACAAUUAAAUCAGAAUAAAUUAUAAUUAAUGCUUUUUUCGAAAACUUUCGCUAAAUUGCCUGACGAAUUGAUCGAAACCAAUAAAUUUUAUCUUAUUUCAGUCAAUUUAGUCCAUUUUUAAACCUGAAACUCACUUAUUUUGUAAGAAAAUAAAUAAAAAAUAACAUUAAUCUGAUGUUUACAAACGUUUACCUAAAUAAACCGAGCUGAAAAAUCACCUAAGAAUUUGUCAACUUCAGAAAAUAACAUUUUUCAAUUUUUGCGUUAUAAUUAGCAAGUUUUUAAUGCAUAAAAGUGAAAAUAAGCCAAAAAUUCGUCCAAAAAUUUAUGAAUGAAAGUUUUAAAAACGGAAUUCCUCUUGUACGACUGUCAUAAUUAUUUUAUUGUAGUCAUUUUUUGUCGUAAUGUUUGGGCAAUUCCGGUAUUUAUAAUUUUUCGAAAAAAGAAAUUUAAUUAUUUGACUAACAGUUAGAAAAAAAACAGAGAGCACCACUUAAUGUUUCGCUCAUUGGGAAUUUUCGCUACUUCAUAUUUGUUGGUCAAUUGAAAAAAUUACUACGCAUAUCUAUAAACAUAAAACGUAAUAUGUAUUAAUAAGACAAUUUUUGAAAAGCUGAUUAUUAUAGAUACUAUGUAUGUAUAUAUCAUUACUAUGUAAGUAUUUCAGGUACCAUAUCAUAAAUUUUCUAUGAUAUUUAUUUAAAAAAAUAUAUUUGUCGAUUAUAAAUAACAUGUAAGUGAAGUUCAUUAUUCUCAAUUUUAAUGAGAUGUUGUAAUUAGACUGAGUGUUCGCUUGCUAGAAUAUACAAUUUAUUGUUAUUGUUUUUUUUAAUUUAAUUUUUUAACAGAAAAAUUUUGCGAAAAGAUAUCAAAUCAGAUGUGAUAGAUGGUAGUUAAAUUUUGGCAAGGUAAUUUUUUUCAAUUUCAAACAAUUUAUAUAAUAAUGCUGUUUUUAGGCGUAUAGCAAGUAACAAGUGAUUCACGCAAGAUGACGCCCCUAGAAGUAUGCAAUACUUAAUACAUUGUGUUGCGUACAAUUUUUGGACGUCAUCUUACGUAAGUCAGCUUGUAUUUCAAUAUUUACAACAGUUUCACCAAAUGUUAAACGUAAUCAAGAAGCAGAGAUAAACCGGAGGAAGAGAAAACAAAGAGUUGAUCAUUUUUUGUACUGCUCUUUUCUCCCAGUUAUCUCUGUAUGUGUAAAUGGUAACACACGUUCAGGAUGAUGUUUAAACUCCUGUCUCAAGUAUACUUAGGAUGUACAUAAUGUUAGGACAAAAUUAAUGCAAAUUAAACGACUUGUUGUGAAUCGUUUCGACGAUAGUUUAUAAAAAUUAAAAAAUGACUGUGUGUUUUAAGGAUUUUUUAUGAGUGAUAUAUUAAUCAAAAAAUUCUUUAAUAAACCUCCUAACUAAACCAACUAAAUAAAUUAAAUAUUAAACCGGAAAAGAAACAAGUUAAAACAUUAAGAACAGACAACCACCAAAUUACAUUUAUUAUAAUUAGUGAUACUUUGAUAAGUAAUUGUGAUCCAAGUAACUGUAUUUAUAUGAAAUAUUUGGUAGUAGUGGUUAUGUACAUUUGAGUAACAAGUUUUGUGAUGUCUGAUUUGUUCGAAAUAUAGAUCAGCUUUAGUGUCUUAGUUAAAGUUUUGAUUAACAAAUUUCACUGUAAAUACUAUUAUGUAAAAGUUUAAUAACGUAAGGAGACAAAAUUUUUAUGGAAUAAUUUAUUUUUAUUGAAGUGAAAAAUUUAUUAAAAUUAAAUUGUUCCAUAAAUAAUUUUGGGAAAUUGCCAUGGUCUGUCUUCCAUAAAAUAAAAUAAACUAAAUGUGUAGUUUAUGUGCUUGUGUACAUUGACACAGUAAUGUUAACAUAAAAUUAUCCAAUUAUUGAUAUUAUAAGUAUUUAGAAAUAAAUGAUAUUGAAUUAAA